AUGCGACUGUCUUGUUUUGAACUGAAUCAAACCAUCAUCCGGGAUACAGUUGUAGCAUCCUCACAUGCAGAAGAGAAUAAAUUUGGCCUAGCGUUUCAUUGCUACAUACUGAAAAGUGGUUUCCUGGCUUUUGUUUCAGUUGGAACUGCACUUAUGCAAAUGUACAUUAAAUUUGGUGAGGAGGAGUCAGCUAGGACUAUAUUUGAUCAGCUCAAUCACAAAGACCUCAUAGCUUGGAGUGCCAUGAUCUCUGCAUAUGCUCAAGGCAGGAAUCCUCAUAAUGCUUUGGAUACAUUUAAACAGAUGCAAUCCAUGAAUGAGAAGCCCAAUGAGAUUACUUUUGUCAGUUUACUACAAGCAUGUUCUUCAAAGGGAUCUCAAGAGCUUGGGGAAAGCAUACAUGCUCAUGUAAUAAAAGCUGGUUACUCACUGAAUGCAUAUUUAACAUCAGCCUUCAUUGACUUGUACUGCAAAUUUGGAAGGAUAAAGCAAGGAAAGGCUCUUUUUGAUGAACUUCCUACCAAAGAUCUAAUAUGUUGGAGUUCAUUGAUCAAAGGGUAUGGGAUGAAUGGGUGUGGAACUGAGGCACUUAAAACAUUCUCAAGCAUGUUGGACUGUGGAGUGAAGCCCAAUGACAUUGUCUUUAUAUCUGUAUUAUCUGCUUGUAGUCAGUGCGGGCUAGAAAAUGAAGGUUGGAGCUGGUUUCAUUCUAUGGAGGCUAAGUAUGGCAUUACUCCCAAACUUCCACACUAUGCUUGCAUGGUGGAUUUACUCAGUCGCCAUGGAAAUAUAAGAGCCGCUCUUGAAUUUGUAAGAGAAAUGCCAGUGGAGCCUGAUAAAAGAAUUUGGGGAGUUCUUCUUGCGCGUUGUAGAUCAACGUGCAGGCCUAUUGAGAUUGCAGAGUUUGUGGUUGAACGGCUAGUUUCCCUGGAUCCACAAAAUACCAGCCAUUAUGUGAUUUUAUCAGACCUGUAUGCAGAGCAGGGUAGAUGGGAAGAUGUGGAAAGACUGGCUAAAUUGGUGAGUAAGAAGGGAUCGAGUAAGCUUUAG